CUUUAUUGUAAUGAAGGCAACAAUUGUAGUCCUAGCAUGUCUGCUGGCUUAUGCUACCUGCAGCAAGCCUAGCUUCCAACCUGGUUUCAAACUAGACACAUCCUCUGGGUUCAAACAGGAUAUUUUCAGCAACAUUAUUGAUCACUUCAAUGAUGACGUCGGACUUUACCCACAGAGAUUUUGGUAUAAUGCAGAGCAUUUUGAUCAGAAGACUGGCCCUAUUUUCCUCUAUAUCUGAGGAGAAUACGAAUGUGGAGUCAAUGAACAAAGACAGUUCCCUGUUGAAGUCUCUAAGGAGCACAAUGGCUUAUUUGUCUACCUUGAGCAUAGGUACUAUGGAGCUUCACAUCCUUUUGAUAACCUUGAAACUGAGAAUUUGAGAUAUCUAACAUCAAGACACGCACUUGCUGAUAUUGCUGUAUUCUUAUCAACACUAAACGACCUUAUUGUUCAAGUAAAUGGAGGAGAGAAAAGGAAGAUCAUCGUUGUCGGAGGAUCUUAUCCAGGAGCUCUUUCUGCCUGGUUCAGAGCCAAAUAUCCCCACAUUGCUGAUGCUUCUUGGGCUUCUUCAGCUGUGGUAAAUGCUAUUGAAGAUCUUGAACUAUAUGAUUGGCAAAUUUUCAACUCGACUUCAAGAAGUGAUGCGCAUACCUGUACUGAGACAAUCCAGAGUAUGACUGAGUAUCUUGAUGAGCUCCUCUCAGGGCAGGACUCCACGGUUUUAGAAGAAGUCAAAGCUGCUUUCAAAGCUAACACUCUUACAAACGGAGAUUUCGCCUUCUACAUUGCAGAUAUAUUUGUUGGAGAGGUUCAAUAUGGAAAAAGAACAAGAUUGUGCGAGUUCCUCGCUACCUUGGUUGAACUUGAAGACAUUGAAAAGUUCUACAAAUUAGCUGAGAAGUACUAUGACCCUGAGGACAACAAGAGCUAUUAUGACAGACACCUCAUGGCCAAAACUGAAGUUAUUGUUCCAGAUUCCUCAAGAGCAUGGGCUUAUCAGUACUGAACAGAAUUUGGCUUUUUCCAGACUACUUAUGAAGGAAUCCAUAUGAGAUCAGAGCACCUUGCAAGAGCCUAUUGGGACCAGAGAUGUAACGAGAUCUUCGGCAAAGAGAUUAUUGCUCAAGCUAGAGAGACCAAUGUUGAGUUCGGAGCUCUCAAAGUGAAGGGCACCAAUACUUUCUAUACAAACGGAGGAGAAGAUCCUUGGAUUUGGGCAGGUGUUUUCGAUGACAACGAUGCUCUAAAUCAAAAAGCUAGACUCUUACAGUGCGAAAACUGUGGUCAUUGUGUUGAGCUGUAUAAUGAAGAAGAAAGUGAUUCGGAAGAGUUGAGAGCCGUUAGAAAAGAGAUUAAGGACUGGCUAGAUGCUAUUUUAUAUACCAACUAG